CGGUUUGAUGGCGUCAUUCUUGCGCGGCCACAACAUCAUCCAUGUGGGAUUCUCUUGCUAGCUGCAGUUUGUUUGAGUUUGUCUACACGAGCAGGCGUGUGCACCUCAGGACGAUGGACGCGUCUGCGCUUCUAUGACGGAGUGAUGGACUUGAGUUUGACUUUGCAUGAAAAAGCUAUCCGCGGUGCGUCUGUGUCCUCGACAAGCUAGCGUCUGGAGCUCGUCGAGCAGCGGAGAGUGGCUGCUCCUGCUCCUCACAGAUGGCUGACGGCAGCGGAGCGGCUGUGGCGGCGCCUCAGCGGGACGCCAGGCCAGAGAGUGCGCCCAGCGACGGAGAGGCGGCGGCGGAGGAGCAGACUCUCUCCAAAAGGCAAAGAAAGAAGCUGCUCAAGCACCAGAAAUGGGAGGAGGAGAGGGAGCUUCGAAAGCAGCGCAGGAAGGAGAGGAAGCAGCAGCGGCGGCUGGAGAGGCAGAGCCAGGCCGAGCAGGGAGCCGAGCCCUGCAGCGCCCGCAAGCGGCUGCGCAGGGAGGCCACGCCCAGCCCGCUCCGCCUGGUGGUGGACUGCAGCUUCGACCAGCUCAUGACGCUCAAGGAUGUGCGGAAGCUUCACAAGCAGAUCCAGCGGUGCUACGCGGAGAACAGGCGAGCCUUGCAUCCAGUGCAGUUUUACCUGACGAGCCUCGGCGGCCAGCUGAAACAGAACAUGGACGAAAAUGACAAAGGAUGGGUAAACUGGAAGGACAUCACCAUUAAAUCAGAGCACUACCACGAAGUCCUGGCCAAAAACGAACUGGUGUACCUGACAUCAGACUCUCCCAACGUGCUGACGGAGCUGGACCAAGGCAAGGCCUACGUGAUAGGGGGCCUGGUGGACCACAACCACCACAAGGGUCUCACCUUUGAGAGGGCGAAGGAGCUGGGGAUCGAUCACGCCCAGCUUCCCCUGAGCAGCUUUGUCAAGAUGAACAGUCGGAAGGUCCUGGCAGUUAACCACGUUUUCGAGAUCAUCCUGGCCUAUCUGGAGAAGGGCAGCUGGCAGGAAGCCUUCUUCACCGUCCUGCCUCAGAGGAAAGGAGCAGUGGCUGUCGAUCAGGACGGAAAGGCCGUGCAGGAAAAAGAGGACGGCGAUUCAGAUAGUGACUCUGAUGCCACCACACCAGACCAAAAGAAGGAGGGGGAAGAUCCGAACUCAGCUCAAACACAGAACUCCAAAGAAAAAUCGGACGCGUGAUGUUGUGGGAAUCAAAGUUCUGGAAAACGUUAGAGUUAAUGAACUGCCUGUGAAGACUGACACUCUGUUCGAGAUGGUGAUCAUUUUUGUUGACAAAGCAUCUGAUUUCUUCUCAUGUAAAAAUGCUUUUUUUUUUUAUAAAGGUAUUUAUUGCCUAUCACAAAUUUUACUUUUUACCUCCUUUUAUGGCUGAUAAUUUGGUUGCUUAUGUGAUAAGAAAAAUUUCCGUUUUGCUGUGAUCUUUGACAGGCAGGACAUACAGUUCUUUUCAAUAAAAUGUAAAACCCA